CGUGGUCAGACUGGACGUCAUCCCGGGGGUCGUGGUUAUCGCAGUGGUCAGCGCGGUCGUGGGCAGCGAGGUCGUGGCCGUGGCUAUGGGGGACAGCCGCAUCCAGCUCCUGGCGGCCAGCAGCAGGCUUAUGGCGGACAUCAGCCACCUCUCGUUCCCCUGCCUCACGGUCAGCAGUUCCCAGGGCAACAGGUUUAUGGCGGUCAGCAGGUUCGUGGUCCGCAACAGAAUGGGAUCCCAGGUCACCCUGCUCUCACGUGUCCAAGAUUUGUGGGUAAUUCUACUCCUGCUCUCGCUGCUCUUCCUACGGGUGAGCAUAAUGCAUCUAUGUGGUAUCCUGACUCAGGAGCCUCAGCUCAUAUGACCCCUCACGAAGGACAAUCAGACGAGGGUGCAUCUUCUUCAGGGCUCCAAUAAAGACCAUCUUUAUCCCUUCCAUGCUCUACAAGCGACCUUAGUGUCUGGACCUACUUGACAUGAACGUUUAGGGCAUUGUGGUGAUCGAGUUUUACAAAAACCUCGGCAAAAUAAAUUAAUUUCGGUUUCUCGUAAUUAUGUUUCUUGUAAGUUGGGUAAAUCCCACUGACUCCCG